UCGUCAAACCGCACUCAGAAAACCCCCCCUCUUUGUUUUUUUGAAACUGCACACACAUAUAAAGGAGGAAAAGAGCAAGGGCCGGGGUAAUGUCUUCUCUCUCCGUAUAGAGAUUUCUCUCCCCUUUUCUCCCUUCGAUUUCACCAUUUACCUCAACCCAUGGGAGCGUCUUCAAAAGAAGGUAAGGCUGUGAAGAAAGAGGAGGCUGAAGAGGAAGAAGAUGGCAGCACCCUCAGUUCUCUUCUAAAAGCAAAGAAGAAAACAGCCCAGAUGAUGAAUGGCAGCCGAGCAGCUAGCAUCAAAGCAGCUGUCAAGAUCAAGAAGCAAGAACCGGAAGAUGAUGAAGAAGAAUCCAAACCCAUCAUAAAAAAGGUUUCCAAGACGACCCAAAAGGUUGUUGGAUUGAAGGACAAGAAAAAGGUGAAGAAGAAAAGGCAGAGGGAAGAGGAAGAGAAUGCGGCGAAGAAGAAGAAGAAUGCCAGGGACGGUGAUAAGAAGAAGGAGAAGAAGGUGUAUGAUUUGCCUGGUCAGAAGCACGACCCACCUGAGGAAAGAGACCCAUUGAGGAUUUUCUAUGAGACGCUGUAUCAGCAGCUUCCUAGCAGUGAAAUGGCUUCCUUCUGGAUGAUGGAGUGGGGUUUGCUGCCACUGGCGGAAGCAAAGAAGGUCUAUGAGAAAAAACUGAAAAAGAACCAGCUAUCAAAGUUCAACUCCCCUGUAAAGUCUGUCACUGUUAAGAGAACAGUGCAAACCUCGACGAAGAAAACUGUUGAAUCCAAAACUACUAUGAAGGUAUCCAAGAAGCGCAAGAUGGAUUGCAGUUCGGAUAGUGAAAAUGACUUCACUCCUGCCAAGAAGUCAUCCAAGAAAGGCAAGAUGGAUGUCAAUACAGACGACGACGAUGAUGAUUUCACCCUCGCCAAGAGAAAAAUUAAGAAACAAAAGGCUUCCAGUUAAUCCACAGCCAUAUGCAUCUUUCUUAAAACAUUAGUAGCUUUUGUUUAGUUGCUUGAUUCCGCAAGUACCAUUCAAUUUCAGUAGAAGUCAAAGCGAAUUUAAGUA